UGGGUCAGCCGCGGCUAAGUCCAGGGAAUUUGGUGCCAACAGAGACAGGGAGUGGGUCUCAGGGAUGUUUUAGCAUUGGAGGCUCGAGAGGAAUGGAGCUCCCCUCGGUCGCGAAAGGGCCCUGGAAAUGAAACCCUGCCCUUCCUCAGGCUUAUGGGAAAUGUAGUCCACGGGGAGGGGGGAAUCACUGCUUGCAAGGUCCCUCCUGGUGAUUCCAGUAAGACCCUUCAAUACAAGAAUGCCGUCUCCUCUGGGUCUCCCACAGCUGCCCCUCAGAGACCCCGAGACCACUGUUGAACUUGAGGCAGCACGGCUGAAAUUUCGGGGGUUCUGCUACAAGGAGGUGGCUGGGCCCAGAGAGGCACUGGCCCGGCUGCGAGAGCUGUGUCAUCAGUGGCUGCAGCCUGAGCUGUGCUCCAAGGAGCAGAUGCUGGAGCUACUUGUGCUGGAGCAGUUCCUGGGCACAUUGCCUCCUGAGAUACAGGCCUGGGUGCGAGGACAGCGACCGGGAAGCCCUGAUGAGGCUGUAGCCCUCGUGGAGGGGCUGCAGCAUGACCCCGGGCAGCUGCUGGGCUGGAUCACAGCUCAUAUCCUGAAGCCAGAGGUGCUUCCUGCGGCCCAGAAGACAGGGGAAUCCCCAGGGUUCCUUCAUCUCCCUGAAACCGGGGAGCCCUCCAGGGCGGCCUCGGGGGAGGGUGGAGAGGAAGCCAGGAUGGAGGCGUCUACCCAGCUCUGCUUCAGUGUGAAGGAGGAACCCAGCACCUGUGGGCAGAUGGCUUGUCCCAGCCCCCGGCUCUCAGCCCAGUCACCUGAGGGGCAUCUCGAACAUCAGGAACCAGCCUCCACAUCCUUCCACCCAACCAGGAUCCAGGAAGAGUCGGGACUGCUGGGUCCAUCACAGAAGGAGCUGUACUGGGAUGUGAUGCUGGAAAGCUACAGCACAGUGAUGUCUCUGGGGCUGCAGCCCCCUGGGCAGAAGAUGCCAGCUGAGUCUGAGGCUGGGACACUCGGCAUGGGGCCUCACCACUCAGGAGCAGGGGGCCCAGGGCUCGGGCUUGGCCAGGACUGUAUAUCCCCUCCAGGUCACAGCCAGAGCCUGAGCAAGGACCCAUCUGCUACCCGGAGGGUCCCAGCCCCAGGACGACUGCCCAUGCCCUGCUCCCGGCCUACACCACCACACAGGCUCUACACCUGUAAGCAUUGUGGCCAGAGCUUCAACUGGAAGUCACUGUUUGUCAUCCACCACCGAACACACAUGGGUGGAGCAGGCCCAGAGAGGCCACUGCAGGUGCUCCGGGAGCCAGCUGCACACCGACCACCUGGCCCUCAGAGCUAUUCCUGUGAGGACUGUGGGCGCAGCUUCAGCUGGAAGUCACAGGUGGUCAUCCACCGCAAGGGCCACGCGGGCCAGAGGCGCCACUUCUGUGUUGACUGUGGCUGUGGUUUUGACUGGAAGUCCCAACUGGUCACCCAUAGAAAGAGCCACCUGCCCCAGGCCCCCUGAUCCUCUGGAGAAGGAAUCUACCUUGGGGCUGCCGGCCUGCGUGCAGCACUCCAGCACAGGCCCAGUGCACAGGAAGCCUGGAGACAGCUAGGACCCUACGUGGACCCAUGGUCCCAAGGCUGCUCCUGCCUGCUGUCAUGCCUAGGUGGGACCCUGUGGUCACCCUAAGCUGGUUGCUGAGGCCCAUGCUCUCCACUUGUGAUGCACAGUCCAUAGCCGUUCCUAAUUCUAGGACCUGUGCUGAGAGGAGGCCCUAACACUGCCUUGUCCUGUCCUAAGUGCAGGGACGGGGCCUGGUCUUUGGAAAGUGCUAGAAGCCCAGGAAAGCACAGCUGGCUCCAUCCUGCUGUGUGUAACCCCAGGAUUUCCAUGUGCUAGAUGUUUAACAUAAAUUAUACUUCUAUAAUGGGGGUUUCUGAAUAAAAAUCAUGAUUUGGGGCAAGAUUAGCCAUGUGCUCUCUCUGCCUGGCCAUGGGAACCACAGGAAAACGGCACUGAAUCCAAAGGGGCUGGGCCGGGUGCUGGUGGC